AAGACCCUUCCCUUUACUUGGUUCUUCUUCAUCCUUAGAACUAUCACCCUCACACUACAUUGAAAUUUGAAAGCACCCCUGUAACUUGUGAGUAUCCCUACGAUUUGUUUUCCCCUUUCUUUCAUUCAAGUUUUGUUUUUAUUAGUUUCCUCGAGAGAAUCGACACUUGCGCGUAAAAGACCCUCUUCUGUUUUGGCGUGUUGUCGUCAAAAGAUAGCUUUUUUUGCGGUGUUGGGUGGUGGAUUUGUUGGUAGCUGUUCCGGGGUGGUGGCGUUUUGUGAUGCCAUGCCAGAGAAGGUAGCGAUAUCGCCACAAUGGGCUCUGUGGUCCCUUCCAAUACUUCAUUGGCGUGUUGGGUUUCUCACUGCUUUGCUUUUGGUUGGAAUGGUCGUUGUUUGGAGCAUUGAUGGCUGCACAGUGAAGAACGUCAUUGAAGCUUGGAGGUACCAUCAAGAUUAUCUUGCUUUCAAUGCUGUGAACAUAACCGUGUCGGAAAAAUUAAGCCAAAAUCCCCUUCUAGUUCAUGGGCAUUCAAGUUGGAUUUCAAGUGCAUUAGAAACCAACUUUACUUCAAAUCUUAUAGCUAGAUGGUCAGCUCGUGGAGGUGAACCUUGUAAAGAUUCAAAGACCGUGGGCAUUGCAAUUCCUCAGUUGGAUGGUGGGAAUGUGAUAGAGCUAUCAACUGGAGAUGUACAUGAAUUUGGUUUUCAAGCAUUGGAUGAUUCAGGGAAGCCUCUUUGUAUAGGUGGGGACUACUAUGAGACUGAUCUUUUGGGGGAAUCGUGGAAAUCUAGGCCUUUGGUGAAAGAUUUCAGUAAUGGUUCUUACUCUAUUUCAUUGCAAGUUCAUCCAGACUUUGAUGGGGUUUACAAUCUCACUAUAGUCCUGCUUUAUAGACACUUUGAAGGCCUGAAGUUCACCCCUUGGAGGUUUUCUUAUGAUCGAAUGCUUCGGAAUAUUGCUAUUAGAUUCUCCAAAAGCAGUGUUCAGAUGCCAGAACUGCAGACUUGUAAAGCUUCUGAUUUUGGCAGGGAUGUGUGGUAUGGAAGGUGGACAAGGCAUGGUAAGAAUGAUGACUGCCCCAUAGGGAAUGAUGGUAGGUACAGGUGUCUCACACCGGAUUUUCCUUGCAAAGCUCCUUGGUGUGAUGGUUCCUUGGGAAUUCUGGAGAGUAAUGGUUGGGUGUACUCAACUCACUGCUCAUUCAAGUUGUAUUCAGCUGAGUCUGCUUGGAAUUGCUUAACGAAUAGAUGGAUUUUCUUCUGGGGUGAUUCAAAUCAUGUUGACACAAUAAGGAACAUGCUCAACUUUGUUUUAGAUUUGCCUGAAAUACAUUCUGUCCCUAGACGAUUUGACAUGAACUUUUCAAACCCAAAAGACUUAUCUCAAACAGUUAGGAUUACAAGCAUCUUCAAUGGGCAUUGGAAUGAAACGCAAAACUAUCUGGGGUUGGAUUCUCUGAGAGAUGAAGGGUUUCAAAAUUUGUUGAAAAAGUACUUCUCAGAAGACACAAUCCCAGACACCGUGAUCAUGAACUCUGGUUUGCAUGAUGGUGUCCACUGGCGUAACAUAAGAGCAUUCUCUGUUGGAGCAAACUAUGCAGCAUCCUUUUGGGCAGAUGUUAUGAAGACAGUGAAGCAAAGGGGGUUGGCAUGGCCUAGAGUCUUCUACAGGACUACAGUUGCAACUGGUGGAUAUGCAAGAUCACUAGCAUUUAAUCCUAACAAGAUGGAGGUGUUCAAUGGCGUGUUAUUAGAAAAAUUGAAGCAAGCAGGCGUUGUAUCCGGCGUGGUUGAUAACUUUGAUAUGACAUUUCCAUGGCAUUUUGAUAACCGGUGUAACGAUGGGGUUCACUAUGGAAGGGCUCCAGCAAAGAUGAAGUGGCGAGAUGGCCAAAUUGGGCAUCAAUAUUUUGUGGACCUUAUGUUAGCCCAUGUUCUUCUCAAUGCGCUGUGUGCAAGAUAGGCCAGAGGAAUGGUAUGAGCCUAAUACUUGGCCUGCAAGGUGGCAUUUGAGGGAAGUGUGUGCAUACUUUAUAGAACAAUGCACACCUUAUACUUAGUCUGCAAAGGUGCUUGGUUGAAGACUAUUGACUCUUGCUGUUUCUAUAA